AUGUCCGACAUGACUCAGGCUCCCGUCAAUGGCAACUAUGGUGCUCAGCAUGGCUUUCCUGAUGCUUUCAACCCCGCUCACGCCGCCAUGAACACUGCGGCCAACUUCCAGCCUGCUCAGUCCUCCACUCCCACUAGUGCGACUCCCAGCACCAGCGCCGAGCAGCAGAAGAGCGAGAUCACCAAGGAUGAGGUGGGUUGGUUCUUUGUGGAGCAAUUCUACACCACCAUGAGCCGAAACCCCGACAAGCUGCACCUUUUCUAUUCCAAGCGAUCUCAGCUCGUCUUUGGCACCGAGGCUGAAUCGGUGCCCGUCGCUGUUGGUACCAAGGCUAUCAACGAGAAGAUCAAGAGCCUUGACUUCCAGGAUUGCAAGGUCCGCGUCCUGAACGUUGACUCGCAGGCUUCGUUCGAGAACAUCCUGGUCUCUGUGGUCGGUGAGAUCUCCAACAAGUCGGAGCCCUCGCGCAAGUUCGUCCAGACUUUCGUUCUCGCUGAGCAGCCCAACGGUUACUAUGUCCUGAACGACAUCUUCCGCUACCUUGUUGAGGAGAACGAGGAGGAAGAGGCUGUCUCCGAGGCUGACACCCCUGCCGUGACUGAGGCACCUGCUGCUACCGAGGAGCCUGCUCCUGCUGCUACCGAGGAGUCCAAGGUCUCCGAGGAGGCCGCGCCCGCGAUUACUGAGGUUGAUGAGAAGCUGGAGAAGGAGAUCAAUGGCGAGACCGAGCAGUCCGAGGAGACCACUCCCCAGGCCAAUGGCGCUCCUGCUGAUGUGUCCGCUGAUGUGUCCGCUGAGGAGCCCGCUGAAGAGCCUGCUCAGGCGACCGAGCCCGAGGUUCAGCAGGAGGAGGUGGCUCAGACUCCCGAACCUACUCCAGUCGCCGAGAAGGAGACUCCUGCUGUCAAGGAGGCUGCUUCUACUCCCUCCCCGGCCCCGGCUGCCGCUCCUGCCGCCCCGGCUGCUCCGGUCCCCGCUGUUCCCAAGACCUGGGCCAGCAUCGCCUCCAAGGUCAACGCUGCCAAGGCCGCCGCCGCCGCCUCUGCUGCCGCUGCUCCAGCGGCUGCUGCUGCCCCCACUACUUCCACUUCCGCGGCUGCUCCUGGUGCUGCUGCUGCUACAUCUAAAACCGCUGCUCCUGUCUCCACCGAGUCAACCGCCUCUGCCCCCCGCGCUGCUGCGACUCCUGCCCCUGCUGCGGAGAAGGAUGCUGCUGGUGCUGAGGCUGGCUGGCAAACCGCCGGCGCAGACCACAAGAAGACCCAGUCUCGUGCCGGCGAGGACCAGGUUGUGCUCGGUUACAUGAAGAACGUUACUGAGAAGGUGGAUGCCGGUCUCUUGAAGCAAACUCUUGCCCGAUUUGGAAAGUUGAAGUACUUCGAUGUCAACCGCCCCAAGAAUUCUGCCUUCGUUGAGUUUGCUGAGCCCUCUGCCUAUGCUGCUGCCGUUGCUGCCAACCCUCACCAGGUUGGUACCGAGCAGAUUGUUCUUGAGGAGCGCCGCCCUCGUCCUAACACCUUUGGCAACGGCUACCCUGCUGGUCGUGGCCGUGGUGGUCGUGGUGACCGUGGCGGCAGCCAAGGUCGUGGUGGAUUCCAGCGUGAUGGCCGUGGCGGUUUCGCUCCCCGUGGAGGUCGCGGUGGAAACGCUGCUGCCAAGGGCCGGAACGGUGCCCCCGCUGCUUAA